CGACCUCCUCGCCUCUCUCUCUCCCUUCCUUCCCCCUCCCUCUCUCUAAACCCGGAGGCCGGCGAUGGCGUCCUCCCAGCCCUUCCCCUCCGGCCCCCCGCGACCCCGCCCUGGCUUCAGUCCCAACCCCAACCCUAACCCUAACCCCUCCGCUGCCGCCGACGCAAUCCAGAACCUCCAGAUCGGCCGCCCCCCGCCGCCCUCCGCCGUCCCCGGCGUGGCCGCUGCGCCUCCCUUUACCUCCCCCGCCUCCCGCCCCGGUCCCCCUCCCGCAGCCACCUCCCUGUCCCGCCCUGGCCAUCCCCCCUUCGCCUCCCGACCCCCUCCCUCCUCUGCCCCGAUCACCAGCAACGGCCCCCCCGCCUUCGGACUCGGCGCCCCCCGCUUCCCUCCCCCGCCCCCCGCCUCCCAGCAGAUGCCCCCAGUGUCCGGACCGGCCACGAUCAGGGCCGCUUCCCCUUCCGCCGCCCCUCCCCAGGCCCAGGUCGCUCGUUCGUUCCCCGGCAGCCCUCCGUCCGCCCACCCGCCGUCCUCGCAGCCAUUCAUGGGCCCGCCACCGUCCUCUCAGCCUUUUAUGAGCCCGCAGCUGUCCUCGCAGCCGCUUAUGGGCCCGCUCUCCUCCCGGCCGUUUGGUGGACCGCCAUCUUCGCAGCCAUUUGGUGGACCACCAUCGUCGCGGCCAUUUGGUGGACCGCCGUCCUCCCAGCCAUUUGGUGGGCCGUCCUCGCAGCCGUUUGGUGGAUUGCCAGCUUCGCAGCCAUUUUCUGGGUUGCCGGCCUCGCAGCCAUUUUCUGGAUUGCCAGCCUCGCAGCCAUUUUCUGGACCGCCAGCCUCGCAGCCAUUUUCUGGACCGCCAGCCUCGCAGCCAUAUACGGCGCCGCCAAUGCCAUUCCCAGGGCCCCCGACAUCCAGUUCUCCCUUUGGGACUCCAUCAUGGCAGUCGCAGGCACAGCAGGGGGUGCCAUCAAUGGUUUCUAUGCAAGCGCCACCCAGAAUGUUUGGCAUGCCACCACAUACACCUGGUCAAACUAUGGCUUCAGUCCCCCCUGUGAUGGGCCACUCCCCUCUUGCAGGGCAUCAGGUAUCAACGCCAUCAAAAAUUGAUCCAAAUCAGAUUCCACGGCCUGUGCCAAGUACCUCAGUUGUCCUGUUUGAGACCCGUCAGGGAAAUCAAGCAAACAUUCCACCGCCUGCCACAAGUGAUUUCAUUGUCAAGGAUAAUGGCAACUGCAGCCCGCGAUUGAUGAGGUGCACCAUGAAUCAGAUACCAUGCACUGGAGAUCUGUUAUCAACAUCGAGCAUGCCCCUGGCUUUGAUGGUACAACCCUUUGCGCUUCCACAUCCAUCUGAGGAGCCUAUCCAAGUUGUGGACUUUGGGGAGAGUGGACCUCUUCGAUGUUCUCGCUGCAAAGGAUAUGUAAAUCCUUUCAUGAGAUUUGUUGAUCAAGGACGCCAUUUCACUUGCAAUCUAUGUGGAUUUACUAAUGAGACUCCUCGGGAUUACUAUUGUAAUCUUGGGCCAGAUGGUAGGCGGCGUGAUGCUGAUGAAAGACCUGAGCUCUGUAGGGGAACAGUGGAAUUUGUUGCUACUAAGGAAUACAUGGUCCGUGAUCCAAUGCCUGCUGUGUUUUUCUUCAUCAUUGAUGUCACAAUGAAUGCUAUACAGACUGGUGCAACUGCAGCAGCUUGUACUGCAGUCAGCCAGGCGCUUGCAGAGCUUCCUGAAGGUCCUCGAACGAUGGUGGGCGUUGCGACAUUCGAUUCAUCUAUUCAUUUUUACAAUCUUAAACGAGCUUCACAGCAGCCUUUGAUGCUCAUUGUUCCGGACAUACAAGAUGUUUAUACACCUCUUCAUACUGACCUGAUUGUUCAACUUACUGAGUGCCGUCAAAAUUUGGAGCAAUUGCUGGAUAGCAUCCCAAACAUGUUUGAAAAUAAUAGAGUCACUGAAUCUGCUUUUGGUGCAGCUAUCAAGGCUGGGUUCCUGGCUAUGAAACCCACAGGCGGAAAGCUUCUUGUAUUUCAAUCAGUCUUGCCAUCAGUUGGUAUUGGGUCUCUUUCCUCCAGAGAAGCAGAAGGAAGAACAAAUAUUUCUUCAGGAGAUAAGGAGGCCCAUAAAUUGCUUCAGCCAGCAGAUAAGACUCUAAAAACAAUGGCAAUAGAGUUUGCUGAAUAUCAGGUUUGUGUGGAUAUAUUCCUUACAACCCAGACCUUCGUGGACAUCGCUUCCAUCUCUGUUGUUCCAAGAACUACUGGAGGACAGGUUUAUUAUUACUACCCAUUUUCUGCUGUUUCCGAUACUGCUAAACUCUACAAUGAUCUUAGAUGGAAUAUCAGUAGACCCCAAGGUUUUGAGGCUGUGAUGCGUGUGAGGUGCAGCCAGGGCCUUCAAGUUCAGGAGUACUCUGGAAAUUUUUGCAAGCGCAUUCCCACUGAUAUUGAUCUUCCUGCGAUUGAUUGCGACAAAACCAUAAUGGUCACUUUCAAACAUGAUGAUAAGUUCCAGGAGGGUUCAGAAUGUGGUUUCCAGUGUGCUCUUCUUUACACUACAGUGUAUGGGCAAAGACGAAUACGAAUUAUAAAUCUCUCACUUCCCUGCACCAGCAUGCUCAGCAAUCUGUUUCGUUCAGCUGAUCUGGACACUCAGUUUGCCUGUUUUCUGAAGCAAGCUGCAAAUGGCGUCCCAACUAGUCCUCUAUCUCAAGUUCGGGAUCAAAUAACAAACCUCUGCAUCAACAUCUUACACUCCUAUCGUAAAUAUUGUGCGACUGUAUCAUCAUCCGGACAGCUAAUUCUUCCAGAGGCUCUUAAGCUUUUGCCUCUAUAUACCCUAGCUUUGGUCAAAAGCAUUGGCUUGCGAAAUGAUGGUCGGUUGGAUGACCGAUCCUACUGGAUCAGCCAUGUUGCUUCACUUUCAAUUUCGCUUGCUAUUCCUUUGGUGUAUCCUAGGAUGAUUUCUAUUCAUGACCUUGCUUCAAAGGAGGAGGAUGGAUCUCUUUUAUCUGCUACAAUUCCUUUAUCCAGUGAGCAUAUAAAUGAAGAUGGAAUUUAUCUGCUGGAAAAUGGUGAGGAUGGUCUAAUUUAUGUAGCGAACAUGGUGAAUUCAGAUAUUCUCCAACAAUUAUUUGGAGUUUCUUCUGCUGAUGGGAUUCCAACCCAGCUGGUACUGCAGCAAUUUGAUAAUGAUCUUUCAAAGAAACUGAAUGAUGUUGUUAACGAGAUUAGGCGCCAGAGAUGUUCAUACUUACGUUUGCGGUUAUGCAGGAAAGGUGAUCCAUCAGGUAUGUUUUUCUUUCCAUAUAUGGUUGAAGACAAGGCUCCUGGUGGCCUUUCCUAUGUUGAGUUCCUUGUACAUGUCCAUCGGCAAAUACAAACAAAAAUGGCAUGAGACGUAAGACCUGUUCAUCAAGUUUUGGUUGCUAUGCAAUUUUCAUAUGUAAAAGUUCCAUCCAUAUUGGAGAUGGAUAGAAGACGAUCAUCAGAUUUAUCCUGACAGAUGCACAUGCUUUGUGCUGUUGAUGCCAACUAGUCCAUUCAUAUGGGAAACAGGUGCGGGAUUUUUGUGCUUGCAGUUUUUACAAUUACCAGGACUUGGAGAUAGGUGAUACAAAUGGUAUAAAAACAGUUUGGUUGUUAACCCAAGGAACCGUUUCUUUUUCUUGACAUUUGUUUUAAUUUGUUGUAAACCCAGAGGAUGUAUGCAAUGGAAAGAAAUGUUGGUGGCUUGGCAAUAAAUAUGAGUUUGUUGUUUGGUUACUAUUUCA